GCAGUGGAAUACCGGUUUGGAAUUUCGCGCUCUUUUAGUUCAACAGACUCGCUGCUCAGUGAUUCCUGUUUUUGGAGAAAAUUUUAUUCAUGAAUUAGGAAAAUUAUCUUACUUUUUUAUAAAUUUUGGAUUUUUUUACUUUUUAUUCUGUCAUACACUGUUUUUAAAAACAAAAAAAGUUUUUGACAGACUACCAAUUAUAUAUUCUAAAAUGCAUCCGGGAUUGCAAUAUUAAGUACCAAUUAAAAGCAAGGAUAUAAACUAUCUAUAAACAUUAAUUUGUUUCUAAUCACCGUAAAGCUGUUGUUUGGUUAUAUUUAUGAAACAUGCUUCUGUUAAUAGAAGUGAAGGACAUUAAGUGGUGAAAUUUCCUUUAUUUGAUAAGAAAUCAUGAUAAAUUUCAAAAGAUUUUUUGUGAUUCUGCUUCUGGGUUUCGAAGUUGUUUACGCCGAUGACAUUCUACACAGAGGACCCAAUUUCUCGAUUGAACCACCAAAUCGGGUUGACUUCUCAAACUCAAGUGGGACUGUAAUCCCCUGUUCAGCUCACGGAUCACCUCACCCAUUGAUCACUUGGGUAAAAGGCGAUGGCGAGGCUCUCCAAGAGCUUUCAGGGCUCAGAUAUGUGAGACAUGACGGAACUCUAGUAUUUCCGCCUUUUCCGGGAGAGGAAUACAGAGCAGAUGUUCACGCUGCUGUAUACAGGUGCCAAGCCUCUAAUGUAGCGGGAACAAUUGGGAGCAGAGAUGUUCAUGUACGUGCUGUGGUUCUACAAUUUUAUGAGAUUCAACUAUUCGACGAAUUCGUCUUACGUGGCAACAUGGCUGUUAUCCACUGUCCGAUUCCAAAUUACGUCAGUGAUUACGUCAAGGUAACUUCAUGGGAGAGGAUGGAUGGUUUCCUUAUCAGUCCCAGCAUAGUAAGCGGUAAAUAUGGUAUGCUUGACAAUGGUGAUUUGUAUAUUAAGGACACAACUGAACACGACGGCACAUACAACUUCCGAUGCCAUGUUGAAAACAGUAUCACAAAGGAAAAAAGAACCAGUAGGAACUAUGCCAGUGUAAUUAUCACAGAACCUCAUCACAGUCAAGCCCCAAGAAUUACCAGACGUACAAAUCGUAUUACCGUACGACCUGGACAAAGAGUUACUUUACCCUGUAUAGCACAAGGUUAUCCUAUUCCGAAUUAUCGAUGGCGCAAACAUUAUGGCGACGAUUUGAUCCUGCCUGGCUUAGGAACAGCCGAAAGACAAGAAGGAAGUAUUCUAAUAUUUUCAGAAAUUACUCCGUCCGAUGCUGGGAAAUACACGUGUUACGUAAGUAACACUAUGGGAGAAGACAAGAUGGAAACAGAGAUUUUUGUCCAAGAAAAUAUUGCUACAUCUGUUUUCCCAAAGAUGUCUCGUGUAGAUAUUGGGAAAAACGCAACAUUUAAUUGCACAAUUACUGGCGGACCGGUGGAUUCCAUUGUGUGGAGAAAAGACAUGAGAUUUCUGGCUUCAAAUCCAAGGAUUUCCUUUCCAACUUCCACUAUCCUGCAUCUCUCCACCGCAUUACGUCAAGAUGCCGGGAUGUAUCAAUGCUUUGCUCAUCGAGACUACUUUGUAAGUCAAGCCGCAGCACAGCUUGUUAUUGGUGAUGUGGCUCCUAAAUUCAAAGUUACUUUCCCGGAGAAGAUCAUUAGAUCUGGCAGUUUCGUUAGUCUAAUGUGUGUCGCAAAUGGCAACCCAGCACCUCAAGUGAAAUGGACCAUGGAUGGUAUAUGGCCAUUGUCCACUCGUCCAGGCGUUUUGGUUAGCACUUACUUGAGCAAUCAUGGAGAGGUCUUCAGUUACGUCAAUAUCACUUCUGUAGAUGUUACCGACAGUGGUGUUUACAUGUGUGAGGCCUAUAAUGAUGCUGGUCGUGCUGUUCAUGCGCGAAGAUUGAAUGUGUUUGGAAACCUUUUCAUUCGACCCCUGAAUAAUUUGAGUGCUCUGUCAGGAGAGGGGUUUUCAGUCAUGUGCCCUUUUGGAGGUUAUCCAUUCGACAGUAUUACUUGGAAAAGAGAUGGGCGACAACUUCCCAUAAACCAAAGGCAACGUGUCUUUGCAAAUGGUACACUUCACAUUACGGAGAUGCAGCCAGGUGUGGAUGAUGGUCUUUACAGCUGCGAAGUGACUUAUGGAAAAGGCAUGCCGGUCACGAGGACAUUUUCCAUAGUUAUAAGAACGGAACCACAUGUCAGCAAUUUUUCGUUUCCAAAUAAUUUGCAUGAAGGAAUGAGGACAGCUGUGACAUGUAUUGUACUUGCUGGUGAUCCUCCAAUAACGACCAGAUGGUUAAAAGACGGUUUACCUUUAAAUGAAGAGGAUCUUGAUGCAAGCAUAUUGUAUGCAGGAAAUGGUUAUGUUUCAACGCUUACUAUAAAUGUAUUGGCAUACAAGCACAAUGGUAAUUACACUUGUUUAGCCUCGAAUGAUGUGGGAACUGGAUCUUUCAGCACUCGUUUAACCGUAAAAGUUCCACCAAGAUGGUUGCUGGAACCAAGAGAUACUUCUGCAAUAGCUGGACGUUCCGCAAGAAUCGACUGUCAAGCAGAUGGAGUUCCGCAACCACAUGUUAGAUGGAAAAUGUCAACAAAUUCUCAGUUAGAAGAAUUCAAGACCAUUGUAAGCAGUUCGCAUGUUCAUAUUCUUGUUAAUGGCUCUUUAAACUUCCGGAGUGUCGAAACGUCUGAUGAGGGUUCCUAUCUUUGUGAAGCGAAUAAUGGAGUUGGUGCUGGAUUGAGCACAGUAGUGCGUCUCACAGUUCAUAGUGCUCCGAAAUUUGAUUCAAAAUUUACUAUUUUGACUUCAAGAAGGGGAGAAAAAGUUUCUCUGAAUUGUGAUUCAUACGGCGAUACACCCAUGACCUUUACUUGGAGAAAGAAUGGAAUUAUCAUUGAUCCAGUUUCCAAUCCACGGUACAGCCAGCAGUCUGAGAGCCUCCACGGCGGUGAGGGGACAAAGCUGGUAAUCGAGAAGGCCGAGAGGGAGGACUCAGCCUCCUUUACCUGCACCUCGAUGAACGACUUCGGAGAAGAUUCCAUGAAUUUUCAAUUAACUGUCCAAGAUGUUCCUGAUGCACCCCAAAAUGUGGAAGUUCAUGAUGUUGGGAGUCGUUCUGUAAGAUUGACAUGGAAUCGACCUUUUGAUGGAAAUUCACCAAUCAUUCGAUACACAGUUGCAUGGCGAAGAAACGAUGAAACCUUCAAUAUCUUUGCAGACCAGUCCAGUGGUGGUCCACUGACUAUUGCGGGUGAUGAAACGACAAUUAUAAUUCGAGGUUUGAGACCGAAGACGAGAUACUUUUUCCGCGUGAAAUGCGAAAAUGUACUUGGAGAUAGCCAGUAUGGUGCUGAAGUAGCUGUUACUACAUUGGAAGAACCACCAAGAGAACCUCCUGUUUCAGUAAAAGCCAUACCUCUUUCUUCCCGUUCUGUUAACGUCACGUGGCAGAGACCCAUACGUAACGACGUGAGUAGCAGUGUUGAUGGCUUUUACGUUGGAAUCAAGUCCAAAGGUAGCCUGGAGCCAUAUACUUUCAAAUCUGUGGUGUUAACAGAAGAACUCAUUCAACACUUCGAAAUCCGAAACUUGAACCGAUUCACGGAAUAUACUGUCGUCGUCCAACCAUUUAAUAGCCGAGGGGCAGGACCUCCUUCCGAAGAAAUCGAAGUGAGAACUUUGGAAUUUGAUAGUCCUGGUACACCUGCAAUUAAGUCGUACUACACUACGUCAAAAACAAUUAAAAUGUCUUGGGAAAUUAAUGUCACACCAGAUGCUCCCGUUACAGGUUACUACUUAUACAAUAGAAUGGAGGGAAGCACAUGGCAAGAAAUCCGACUAAAAGGUGACAAUAAGGAAUAUCUUCUUCAGGAUUUGCAAUGUGGCACGAAGUAUUACUGUUAUAUAGUUGCCUUCAACAGUGCUGGGCGAGGAAAUAAAAGUGAAACGAUAUCAGUAAAGACAGAUGGAAAUGCACCUAUUGCUCCAGAUAAACGAUUCCUUUUAAGUCUUAACUACACAACGCUUCUUAUCAAUUUGAACAGCUGGCACAAUGGAGGGUGCCCAAUACGAUUCUUUGUUAUACAAUACAAAGCUAAUGGUCAGCAAGAUUGGACACUGGUCAGCAAUAAUAUCAUACCAGAACAACAAAAUAUUACUGUCAUGGAUCUCAUUCCCGGCACGUGGUAUUCUCUGCUCAUGACAGCAAGAAACGAUGCUGGAUCAACAGAUGCGGAAUACGUUUUUGCCACGAUGACAACUAGCGGAGAGUAUCCUCCCAGACCUUCUGAAGUAAGUGACAUUGGAGGAUCAUUUUACCGACAUUUGUUGAUCACCGUUCCCGUUGUCAGUUCAGCUGUGGUACUGAUUGUAGUUCUGUGCGUAGUCUGCCUUAUAACAAGAAGAAGGACAUCAGUUCGAAGAACAUUAUCUUCUGAUGUUGCAGAGAGUAAUGACCCUGUUAAACCUGAAUCAAUGCCAUUAUCUUCAACUUAUGAAACUGGACAAGAACCUGCCUAUUUUCCUGCUCCUUAUGCUGCCAGCAGAGUGCCUGGAUAUAACCGGGAAUCGUGCGUCCAUCCGGGAAUGGGGAAUCAACAAAAUAUGGGAACAUUUGGCAGUUCAAGAAGUGGCUAUACCUACGAUAUACCGUAUCCACCCAGAAAAAUGGACAAAUCCGAAGCAAACUACGAAUCUCCCAUCCUAUAUUUUCCAGGCUAUGCUAAAGGAUCGGAAUUAGGUAACCACCAACGGAUGUCCAGCUAUGAAGCAAGUAGAAAAAGAAAGAGUAGUCUAUCUUGGCGAGGGUUGGAUGAAAGUCCUUCCAGUGGUGAGUCAGAUGACGGUCGUGUAAUACAUUCCCGAGAAGAACGAAUUGUGAAAGAAGAAUCGAGGGAAUCUGAAACAGAAUGUGACAGAAUAUGGAAAUCUCUUGAAGAAUGUAAAUAUGAAGCUAACAAGAGGAUAUGUACAGAAUAUAUGAUCAUUCAUCAAGGAAAAUUUCAGGAAUUUCUUGAGCUUAUUCCUCCAGAAAAGCUGAAGAGAUACAGAGAUGAAGUGAUCAACGUUAACAUUUAAAUUAUGUUUGAUAUCACUAUAUUGAAUUAAAAAGGCAUCACCUUCAAACAAAAGAUUUGUAUGUAAAUAAACAUUUGAAA